CCAAGACGCCUUAUUCGCGGGUACGGUCAACUUUUUCAAUGGCUUCAUAAAGCCAGCAUAGACUUCUCAAACAAAACACUAUUUUUCUUAGCUAAUAUCUGUCGUUAUGCUACCUCGCUGUCGCCUCCUCCUUUCGAGGUCCAUCAAAUCUGAAAGUUGGUUAGAAGCCAGCCAAGUCCACUUUCGUCGGUUUCGCUCCUCCGACCGUCAACGACCGGGAAAUUCAUAUAAUAUUUCGAAACCACCUUUCCCCGGUAAUCAACAUCAACGUGGUGGCUUCAAACAUGGUGGUCGUUCCAAUCCUCAGCACGUCAUGAAGCAAAAGAAGGGUCACAUCCUGGACGGUUUCUCAAUACGGGAUGCUAGUGACACACUCCUCAUCAUGCAGAAACAAGUCCGCAAAUGGGCUGAUCUUCCGCACGUUCACCGUCGCCUGGAGUCAUUCGGGGUACCACGCGCAGACGUCCAGCCCCUUCUUUCAACAUUCACCCGAGAGGUCAGCUCCGGGCUCCUUCAAAGUCCAAUUGAGCAAAAAAAGUACCACGUGGAGAGAUUUGCUCUUACGGCCAAAGAAAUGAAUCAAGGACUCCGACUAGACCAGAUUCUCACUCAGCUUUUCUAUUCCUGGGCAUCCGACCCCGAGCGACAGGAGUAUCUCCUUAAAUCAGCGUCACGGAGUACGCUGGAACAAAUAUCAUAUCUAUACUCCACCGCAGAUAUGUCGUACCCUGCGGAUAUGUAUCCUAGAGCGCGUUCCAUGCGUCGCAAGGUCAUCAUGCAUGUUGGGCCUACCAAUAGCGGGAAGACCCAUAUGGCUCUACGUGCGCUUGCAGCGGCCAAGACUGGUGUCUACUCUGGUCCACUGCGUCUACUCGCACAUGAAAUUUGGGAUCGGCUCAACAAGGGCCAGAUCGUGCCCCUCGGGAUGGACCCAGACGCCGACUCUGAACCAGACACCUCCACGAACAUGGAUAUCAUCGAAGAGUCGGUGUCCAGACCAACCGUGCGGAAAGAAGGGAAGGCAAAGUACGCGCGGGAGUGCAACCUGCGCACCGGGGAGGAGUUUAGGAUCGUUUCCGAAUAUGCCGGUCUUGUGAGUUGCACGGUAGAGAUGACGUCUUUUAAUAUUCCAGUGGAAGUGGCAGUCGUGGACGAGAUUCAGAUGCUUGCUGACCCAGACCGUGGAUCUGCAUGGACGGCUGCUGUGUUGGGUCUACCUGCCGAAGAACUCCAUCUCUGUGGCGAAGAAGUUGCAGUCCCGAUUGUACAAGCGCUCUUAAAUGACACAGAUGAUGAACUUUUCAUUAAUCGUUACGAGCGUCUAACGCCUCUCACUGUUCAAGACGAAUCGUUGGAGGGAGAUUUCAGUAGAGUUCAAAAGGGGGACUGUCUUGUCGCUUUCUCGAGGAGCGGGAUUUUUGCGUUGAAGCGCAAGGUAGAAGAAAAUACAGGCUUGCGUUGUGCUGUUGCAUAUGGCCGACUUCCCCCUGAGAUCCGUGCCGAGCAGGCUGCGCUCUUUAAUAAUCCACAUAGUGGCUACGACGUGAUGAUCGGAAGUGAUGCCAUCGGCAUGGGACUUAAUCUCAAAAUCAAACGCAUCAUCUUCGACAGCUUGCACAAAUUCGACGGCAACGUCGAACGACCUCUAUCAGUUUCCCAGGUCAAGCAAAUCGCGGGGCGUGCAGGACGCUACGGCCUGCAUGGUGAACCUGGGGGCUUCGUCACGACUCUCCAUGCACAUGAUCUCCCCAGGCUUCACUCUGUGAUUCCGUGCCAACCAGACCCUGUCGUGUUUGCAGGUGUCUCUCCUACCUUGGCUUGGGCUGAGAAUGUUCUCCAAGCACUUCCUGUCGAUUCUUCGCACCAAACAUUAAUGGAGGUGGCUCCAUACGUCUCCAACGUUCGCCCCCCUUGUCGUGCCUUCGUUCCCUCCAAGGUCGAGGAAAGAUCUCAGUUCGUCGAAACCCACGCCAAAGAUAUGAAACUAUACGAUAGACUCCUCAUCAGCGGCGCACCAAUGAAUUGGCGAGAUCCCCUUGCGGUGGAAUUCGCAGCUCGCCUAUGCCAAAUAUACAAUGAGAAGAUCCGAGUCCCUAUCCUGCAUGCCCUCCAAGCUGGUUCAUAUAUAGAAGCAUUGGAGGAUGUGGAAGCGAUGAUGUCUGGUGGCAAGUCUUCUGCUGGUGCACCAUCAAAGGGGCUCGUCACUCUUGAGGGACUACACAAAUCGCUUGUGCUGUACCUUUGGCUCAGCUUUCGCCUCCCUGUGGCGUUCUAUCAAUCGGAGGAGGCCUACACGCUUAAAGAGCGCACGGAGAAAGCUCUUGAUUGGUGUCUGCGGAAUGUGUCUGGGAGGGUGGCAGUCAGAUACCCCGCUAGCUUCGGACUGGAGAUUCCUUCAGAAGCCGAGGAUGGCGUGGAAUAUCGCCGUACCCCAUACACCCGUCUUCAGGAUGAGAGCAACCGAGAGUUAGGGGUGAGGUAUGCGAAGUUGUUGAAUUCGGAAAGGCGGAACGCUCGCAGUCAACAGUAGAAGUCCGAGGUCGUUGGAGAUCAAAUCGACUUACAUACAGCAUUGAAGCAGUUCAUCCACUUGGUAUCGCACAUGAUGCGCACUUCUCGGAUUGAAUCAAAGUGACCUUUAAUCUUCUUUAAGCUCUUCGAGUCCUGCUCACAGCGAAAGUUACAUUAAUGGGCUACUCAAGUACGCGUGGCUACGUCACUCUACU